AUGUCCAACCAAUACUACCAAUCAACUCCAUCACGUCCUCAUUCACGACCACCAUCAACACUCACAAUCGAUCCACCACCUCUUAACUCCCGCCGCUCUUCAUCCCUUAACCUCAUAUCCCCCAACCAAGAUCCACUUGAUGAAGACCGAGCAAGGCGAACGUACGAAGAGGGUGAUAUGGGGGAAAUGAAGCAAGCACUAUGGUCUAUGCUCACAAGAGUCGACGAACUCAGCGCACAAGUCCACUCCCUCCUCACAGAGCAGGAAGACCUCAACACCUCCCUCACUGUGGCAAAGUCCAACCUUACACUCGCACUGAGCAACAAUGAGAUGCUCGAAGAAGCGCUUGCUCGGACACCUGCUAGCGCCCAGCCUCUAGGGUGGAGGCGGCAUUCCGCGAGAGAUGGGGUGCACAGGGAAGUCCAGAGUGCCGCGCCAGACUACCCACAAAGGCGGAGCUGGGACACUGUUGGAAGCAUAGAUUCUAGCCCGGAAGAACUCACCUUCUGGCAGAGUUUAACUCGCCCUGCCAGUGCUGCUCCUCGACCAAGCACACCGCACCCGCCCCUGACGGCUAUAGGGGUUAUGAGGGAACGACAGAGCCUGACCAGUGCGAGCACCCCGGCGCUGCUGGAUGGGACGCUUGUGGAAGUUGAGAGGCUGAGGGACGCGCUGAGGAAUGAAAGAGCCCAGAGCGAGAGUCUGAAGAAGGAGAAAGCCGGGCUGGAACAGGAGAUCGAGAGUCUCAGUCAGGCGCUCUUUGAGGAGGCGAAUAAGAUGGUUUCUGACGAGAGGAAGCGGCGCGCGGCUGCAGAGAUAGAUCUCCAGGAAAUGCGUGACGAGAGGGAGGCGAUGAAGCGCACACUUCGGAUGGUGGAGGAAGAGAACCGCAAGCUCCGGAGGGGAGAAGCGUUGCCUGGUCUCGCACUCUCCGGGAACACGAAUACGAGUACAACCCCGGAACUGGUCUACCCUUCCCCGUCCCGCGCACUAGGGUACGAGCAAGCAGACAAAGACAUGACCCCCACGCAGCCUGAGCGCCCGCCCUCUGACGCCGCCUCAGUAAGGAGCGAGAUGCUCGAUGACGGCGUGCGCAUCGACCGCGUUUGGCUCGACGCGAUCUCCCCCCCUGUCGGCUCCUUCCCCCGACCGUUGAACCUCGUCAGCGGGUUCGGCACUACCCCGCCGAACGAGACGAGUUCGCUUGCCGCGGCGUACCCGAAUCACCCCACACUUAACCUGAGGAGGUCACCCGGGCAGCAACAUACGUCUCUCCCGCCGUCGCCGAACGACCAAGCGGGAGGAUACUUUCCGCAGCCUGGAUCGUACCUCAGCGCAGGGAACCAGCCGGGGUAUGGAUGGGCAGGAGGGAACGGGAAUGGGAUGAACGGGGUGGGGGAAGGGCUUAGAAGGUUGGAGCUUGUACCCAAGGAGCUCUAG